UAUCUUUGGGGAAUCUUCAUCCACCAUCAUGAUACAGCUGUAGUCCGUGCUUCGAAUCGUCCACUCAGUUAUUGUCUGCUUUGUCUUCUUAUGCUAGGGUUCGUAGAGCCGGUCCUUUAUGUUGGUACGCCAACGAACUGGACCUGCAACUUUCGGAUCGCGCUACACAGUGUUCUCAACGCCGCCAUAUUGGCUUUGUUUUUGGUCAAAACAAGAAGGAUUUUGGCCGUUUUCGAUACCACCUCAUGGCGCAAUGAAUCUCUCGUCAAACGCGUGUUACGUAAUACAUCAGCCCAGGUCGUGCUCUUCAUCCUCCUGUGGAUCAUACAGGUUGCCGUGGUGACAGCCUAUCUCUCUUUAGCGCCCUCUCGUGUUCAGGUAGAAUACAACCUCUCAACCACCAAGGUCUACAUCAUCUGCGAGAGCAACCUCUAUUGUUUCAUCGUCAUGUACAGUUACAUAGCGCUUAUUGCCAUUAUUUGUUUUGUCCUCUCGUUUAGGGCGAGAAAAAUCCCAGAGAACUUCCACGAGACUCGUUACAUCACAGUUACCAUGAUGUUCUACAUUGUAAUUUGGAUCGUCUCCCUUCCCCUUUAUUUUUCUAUCAACGGCAGUCUGCAGUCGUUGCUGCAGAUGAUCACCACAUGGCUUUCCAAUGCAAUGAUACUUGGGUUUAUGUUUGUUCCCAAGUGCUAUAUCAUCCUGGCUCGGCCAGAGACCAACACGUCAAACAAUGUUAGGAGAAAGGCAUCAAAGUUCCCCGUUGGAACAGAAUUCCAUAGUUCCCUAGGCAACAACGACGUGGUGCAUUAUAAAUCGCGAACCAGGACGAUCACAACAUCCCACUGAUAAAAAAGCUGAAGAAAAACCACCAUCUGGCCACAGAUCAAAAUCGAAGGCUGCCAAAUUGAAUGGAAACUAUUACACUGUCGUGUGAAUGUAACUAUACAUUGGCGAUUUAUAAAAAAAAGAUGAUAAUGCCAUACGGCUCAAUGAUUUAUAGACAUACUAGAUAUAUAUGGUCUCUUAACAUUAUUCACAUAGCAUCUUUCAUGAUGAUGCAAGUAGUUCUAAGAAUCAACCUGUCAAGUGGAUGUCCAGUUGCAGCAAAAAAACAUGUCAACCUUCUGUCUACGAACGAUGUCUACAUGUCUACUAUUACGACGGACCUAACGCGAUCAAAUCUGCAACAGCAAGUAGUAGUGAAAAAAAACCAAUAUGCUUCUUCAAGUCAUAUUUACCUGGAGUUUCACAAUUAUUAGAUCACCUUCCUUUCAUGAAUACAACGAACAAAAAAAAUAGAGAAUUGUUAAUGAAAACCCACACCUAUUUUCAAAGAGAAGUGUUAAAGACAUAAAAGAAGCGAGCGGGCCUGGUUUGAUAUCAGAUCUUGUGGAAGCGUCGAGGUGUAGCGGUUCUUACUGUCGCCUUGUAAUAAGAGAUGGUCGUGUGAUCGAACCCCACUUUGGCAAGGUGUCAAUCCACACUUUGCCACUCACAUCCAGGUGCUAAAUUCCGUCACUGCGUUACUGUUUGGUUCAGUAAGACUGCGUCGAACAGGCUAAAAAGCUAUGAAUCCAUGACCGGGUAAUAAUAAAUGUGAAGCGCUUUGAGCAGUCAUAAGGGGUGUUGCAAGAAACUUGCGAUGAAUUUUAAGUCUACUUUUGGUCCCUAAAUCAAUCAUAUGUCUUGCAAUUAAUUGAAAAUUCGCGAUGGAUUGCUUAUCUGCUCAUUGAAACAAGGAGUGUGAUCUGAUUUGCUACAGCUUAAGUAGAUCUAUCAGUUGUAAAAUCACAACAAAAUAUUUCAAACCGAUUGCAACUAUUUUCUUGUAACACCCCUGAAGACUGGAAUCGCACUAUAAAAGCCCAUUAUCAUGAUUAUUUUCUGUUGGACUUCCUUGAAAUAAAACAAAGAAUUGUGGAUUUUUAAAUUCGCUUUAAUUAAAAACAUGCUGGCGCAAACUUCUCUGUUGUACAUUCUGAAACAUUUUAAGUGAUUGUGUUCAUGGCUUGUGUCGUAUUAUUCAAACAAGUCCGAUAUUGAUUUUGACAGGGUAAAUGUACAUGUGCCUGUUUCUUUCAUGGUGUGCUUUGUAAACAAAGUGUGGUAUCAUUACUUUUGAUAUCAGAUGUAAGAAAAUACUGCAAGUUUUGUUUAUGUGUCGCAGGAAGUUGAUCUAUUUUUGCAUUGAUGCAACUGCAGCCUUGCGCUUGCCGUCUUUAUCAAAUUCAAUCUUUGAUUUUGAGCCCAAUAUUGUGUUUAAAUAAUCGCUAACUAUAAAACAACACAAAAAGAAGAUAACAAGUUACGAGGUCGGGCAUCAUGGAAAGAAAUGUAUUCUUAAUAGCAUAUUUUCACACUGUUGAUUAUUUAAAUGCUUCUUCGGUCCUUGGUGAAGCUUUCGAGGCGCAGUAAUUUCUCGAGGAUGAAGGAUGCACAGUUAGGUUUUUUUUUUCUUUGCUGAAAAGCGCUCUCAAUUUUAACAAGGCGUUUUCGGGUUUUCUUUCUCUUUACCAUGGGCAGUACAAGCAUUCUGAAAUUCCAAAGUUUAAUUUGGAGAAUCUAUUAUGAUAGUCUAGGUUUUUUUUAAGAAAAUAAAUAAAUCAGCCAAUUCAAUUUAUCUGUAUAACAGUUUUAAACAUACUUCUAUCGUUUUAUAUCGGAAUUUUAAGAAUUACGAUAGAAAAUUUGUCUAUUUUCUAAAAUGAAAAAUUAAGUAUUGUGAGAACUAGAAAAAUGUAACGUAAUAAUAAAAUCACAUGUACUAUGACUAUUCUAUGUAAUUCAUUUUGUUUUUCAUUUCACAAUGACCACUGUUUUAUUACUCAGUACACAUGGUACAAGAAAUAUGAUAUUGAAAAUGUAAAAAAAUUGCAUUUCUAUUAGUGUUUACAAACUGGAAAAGUGCGUUACUAUAAUUAUGGCAAUGAUCCAGACAUUAAGUAGCGUUUGAAUACAUAACGAGGUUCAAUUGCAGACUACCCCCUUCCCACGCACUGUACAAAAAUAUUAGGUAAAAGUUUUACCACCACGAGGGUAAUUAUGUGUCCAAACCAAUUUUGGGCAGUAUGUUACCCAAUGCGGGAAGCGUA